AUUGUCAGGAUACUUUCCGGGAAGCAAAGGUGGGCUUUCAGUGGGCGCAGUCUACGGCGUGGACAAGGAAUCACGAGGACAGGUUUGGAAACUUCUUGAAUGGCACUGAACCGCCGGCAGGAAGACUUGAGGCUCCGCUCGUGUGAACAGCGUGUAAGAAGCUGCUUCUGUGCCCGUGGAGACCGGGGCAUCCGCGCCACCGCUGCAGCUCCUGGCGUCGCGGGCAGCCCAUCGCGGGGUCCCCGCAGGUUGGACGGAGAAGUGAGGUCUCUCGGGUGAAGCUGAGCCUGUGCGUCGCCCAUCAGCGCCAAACUGCUGCUGUGAAGCUUCUAGAACCUGUUCUGCGCUACCGUUGUCACUGUCUUCUGAAGGGGGUGACCAGAGAUGGUCAAAUGCGGAUGCGCGGUGGCCGUACUGUUAGGAAGCCACCAAAGCGUGCGGGUGGCAGCAGAGGUGGAUUUGACAGAAGAAAUCCUUGCUGAAUGUGGAAUGCGGGCGACGUCUUCCCUGGGCUGCACAUGGUUUAUUGCUACUCGGGAUGUAGCGUGUUUAAAUUCAAUUCUCUGUUUCAAAGAAAUCUGAAUCCCAUUAGGACGCGGGGAUGAUAAAUAACCGAAGCGCGUGCUCAGACUGCUGCUGCUGGCAUAAGGCUGAGGUCCCCUGGGAUGAGUUUGGUUGAGCAAGCAGGAGGAGACGUUCAGCUCCCUGUGUAAGAGGUGCCUGUGCUGAGGAGUCCUGGCAGUGUUUCUCGGUGCCUGUAAGAAAACAGAAAUUUUUCUGUGGGUGCAGGGGGGAACCAUCUCGCAAGUGCUCGGAGCACGGGCACCCUUCGCCAUGGGCUUCCAUGCAUGCAGUUGCUUCCUAGGAAUCUCCCUGUGGGCAGGCAACGCAAAUGAGCUAUGACUUCCGUCUCGUCCGUAACUUUGGUUAGCAGUUCCAAUGUGACCUGCAUCACGGGUUUGAAUGGUAAGUCCUGACUAAAGUGCUUCACGGGCGGCCAAAGGAAGGUUUCCAUCCGCCCUCUGGGAGGAGGAGAGAUUUGAAAAGCAGAUAAAAACAAGAGGCAACUCCAGCAUAGCUUUAGCUACAGUAGGCAUGUUAGGCUGGUAAGUAUCUGGGGAGGCAGCGUAUAUUUAGUGUUAGAAACACGAAUUACGUCCUAAUGAAUUUACUUUGCUCUCCUUCAUUCCUCUCUGUAGCUCGGAUGCAUGCAAGGUUUCCUUCAGCUCUAGGAUAGUGUUUGGAAGUGCUGUGAACAGGCUAUUGGUGCCACAAAAACCCUGAUCUUGGCAAAGAUACCGAGGUCACGGCCAAACCAAAGCUACGAGGCUGAGGAAUGCGUGCGGCUCCCUGGGAAGGCCGGAGAUAUCUCCAUUGACAUUGAAAAUGUUUGCGGAGCGUUAGUGCUAUUCUUUUUUUCGUGAGCAGGGACACUGAGAUUUCUGUUCUGGUAACAGCACACUUGAGUGAUGUACCGAGGUCUGCGCAGUGGGGUUUUGUCUUCCAGCGGCGUGAGGAAUGGCUGCCCAAAAGCAGAGGGAACAGAGCAGGCAGCCUGCUUCUGCGAAGUGGUACGACCGAAGGGACUAUGUCUUUAUUGAAUUUUGCGUUGAAGACAGUAAAGACGUUAAUGUAAAUUUUGAAAAAUCCAAACUCACGUUCAGUUGUCUUGGAGGAAGUGAUAACUUUAAACAUUUAAACGAAAUUGACCUUUUUAAUAAUAUUGAUCCAAAUGAAUCAAAGCAUAAAAGAACAGACAGAUCUAUCUUGUGUUGUUUACGAAAAGGAGAGUCUGGCCAGGCAUGGCCAAGGUUAACAAAAGAGAGGGCAAAGCUCAACUGGCUCAGUGUGGACUUCAACAACUGGAAAGACUGGGAAGAUGAUUCAGAUGAAGACAUGUCCAAUUUUGAUCGCUUUUCUGAGAUGAUGAACAACAUGGGCGGAGAUGAUGACGUAGACUUGCCGGAAGUAGACGGGGCAGAUGAUGACUCACCAGACAGCGAUGAUGAAAAAAUGCCGGAUCUGGAGUAAGAAAAACUGUUGUCUUCAGGGUUUGGGGAAAGAACUUCAUCACAUUUCAUAAUUGAGAUAAGAAUUCCUGAGUUGAUAGCCCUAAAGGGAGAUCCUGCAUCCUUUAACCCAUUUUCAGUCCAUUUUAAAUGGCUUCACUGAUGGUAGGUGUGUACCAUUGCACGGGGCGGUCUAAAGCCACGAGAGGCAAUAACGUUAUGCAUGAACCGUUUUCCAGACUUCCAAAACAAAACAAAACAAAACCAACCCCCUUGAGGUGUAGGCAAUCGAUACAGAACAGUUGCAAUAAAGUUUACAGAGCCUCCUUGCCUCGUAGCAGAUAAAAUUACAAUGGGAGAAUCCUGAAUUUACACCAGGUGGUAAAUGAGCAUUUUCCCUCCCCCCUCUGCGGCCCGAAAUUGUACGGUUGUACCGGGAACAAAACUGGCUUGAACCAAGGAUGGUGUCAUUGGCUCACACAAUUCCGCAGGCGCUGUGCGGUACCUCUGUGGUGGCUUCAGCUCUGUUUCCACUAAAGUUUGUACUGAAAAGGAAA